UAUUAUAAAUUUAGGUAAAAUAAGAAAUAAUUAUAUUCAUAUAUUUAGAAUACUAUGAUAGAAGAAUUAUGAAGAAUAGUUCCUUAUCUUAAUUAUUACGAGAAUAAGAUUAGAAAUAAUUAUUUUAGCAUUCAAAAAUGCGUGUAACAUUAUUAACUUGUUAUACGUGAUGCGUGUUAUUCUGACAAAGCAAAUAAUAAUAAUAAUAAUAAUAAUAAUAAUAAUAAUAAUGAUAAUAUUAAUAAUAAUAAGUAAAAUCGAAAAAACAAAAAUUUAGAUAGUAGAUGUAUAGGCUAAACUGAAACGAUGCGUCAUCCGGUAAAUACAAAACUGUUAGUUUGUACACGAGUUUCUUGAAGCGUGACACGCUUUUAUUUAGAUCCGUUCAAUUCUCGUGGACAAGGAUCAAGGAUCUAUUCUGCGUGUUCAUUAAAAUUAUAACCGAGAUAUUCUCAAGGCAGAAAUUUAACUCUGUUAAAAUAUGCUAAUGAAAUGAGUUGAAAUUAAAAAAACUCCAAACCGUUACAAAAACGAAAAAGAGUUAUUUUAUUUAUUUAAUCUUCAUGUAAAGUGAAUGAUUGUCAAAAAUGUCAAGAGGCGUGCGUGCGUCUAAUUAUUUUAAAAAUAACUAAUUUCCGUUUCUCAAACGUUGAUUUGUACAAACAAAUCACAAGUGUUUCGCAAACUUAACUAUUCCCCAAGACAAUGCUAUUGAUGAUAAUGUUUUAAGUUUAGAGUCUCAUUAUUUUGUCGUGCUUAAAUUACACUAAUUAGAGUUAUUACAAACUUUUUUAAAGGCUUUUAUGCAACAAAUUACUCGCCACGCCUUUGUACUUUAGUUUAUUUUUAAUUAUUGGUUGUUUAAAGGGUGCAAGUUUAUGAUAAUACUAAUUUUUGAAAGUGUUGCGAACAGACGGAUUGUCUGUUAAAUUGUCUAUUAAAAAAAACUAUUAUGCAUAGCUUCCAAUAGAAUUUAAGUUAUCGGUUGACGACCCAUCCUUUCGUAGUAAAAGUAUAAGAAGAAGAGAAUAAGUUAGAAUGUACAGAAGGUACUUCUUUAGCGUGGUAUAAAAUGGUGAUACAGUUACUCGAUCCAGCCAGUUGAUCCGAAUUGUACUCUAGUAAACAAUUGCUUGUUUUUAUAUCCAGCUUGAAAUUAUAACAAGAUUUCAUUAAUCUUUUGUGUUUUAGUAUAAUAAAAAAAAUCACGGGAAAUCAAUCUUACGUGACUAGUAAUUAAGUAGUGAAUACGUAAUUGUUAAUGUUCUUCGGGACUGAUCAGAGAUAAAUAGUUGAGUCAGACAACCUUCAGGGCGAAAAAGCUUCAAGACUUUAUGUAAUAAUAAUUAUCGGAAUGAGAAAGUCAUGGUUUAUGCUGAUGUCAGAUUAUAGAGAUGAUGGAGAGACGUAGAAUUAUAAAUCCGAUGAGGGAAUAUACUUAUUGUUUUUUAUUAUUUUUUAUGGUUUAUCUUGGUAUUUUCAACUAUGCCCAUGCGUUAGAUCUUACUAUUGAUAAUCGUUUGUUUGUUACUCCCAGCGAUUGUUAUAGAAGAAUACUAAUUGGAUCACGUCUUACAAAUUCUUCAGUGACAGCGACAUUUGAAGCAUUAAGUAUUUCAGAUUGCGAGAUAGCAUGUUCAGCAAAUAGUACAUCGUGCAAUUAUUUCAGUUUUGGCGUGGGAGCUAGGGGAAAUGGUACAUGUAUGCUCGGACAAAAUAUAACGCAAAACAUUACCACAUUCACUGCUGACACGAACUAUGACGUUUACGCCAAAGGACGUGUGUCUUUACUCGGCUGUCGAACUGGUCAGAAUAUUUCACCAAAUUUAUCCCAAACAGUUGUCAACAGUCAAAAUAACGGAAAAACGGCUCCUAUUUUGACUAUAAAUAAUAAGAAUGCUGGAAAAAUUUUUGGGAAUUCAAAUUGGGAAAAUACCUUUGGAAACUCUUUUUUUAUAAAAAGAAUAAAUCAGAGCAAUUCAAUAUUACCGUUGCGUGAAACUCCGACAUCUAAAAAUGAUGCUCAGACUAGAAUACUUGACAUUUUACAAAAUAAAAGAACAAAUAAUUACAAACACAGUAAUCCUUUUAAAAUAAAUGCGAUGAGUCACCCUUCACUACAUCAAGAUGAUUUUGAAUCUUAUUACUCGAAUAAUUUUAAAGUAAAAGAUAAUUCAAUACCUAAAAUAAAAGAAAAGAAAAGUAGUGAAUUAUUUUUCGGUCAAAAAAUAGCCCAUCCGUUAGAAGAUUUUGAAACGUUUUCUCUUCAAAAAGAUUUUGAUGAUAAGAAUUAUCCUACGGCAAUCGAAUUUUUUUCGGAUUUUGGUCAAAAAAUAAUUGACCCAUCGAAUUUUGAAUUUGCAUCUCAUGAUGACUUUUGGCUGAAUUCCGGUUAUCAAAAUGAACCAAAUCUUUCGGAAAGUCCAGAAGUACAAUUGUCCGAGUCAAAUGAAGUUGAAUUAAAAGGAGAAAAAGCUUGUUUCCGAAGAAUGGUUUCGGGUAAACGUAUUGUCCAUGCGUUUGUACAAAAAUCAAUGGAUUGCAAUAAAUUGCAAGAUUGUUAUCGGAUGUGUGAGCACGAAAGAUCAUUUAGGUGUGAAGGUUUUAAUUACAGAGCUCAGGCAAGCGGUAAAAGUAUCUGCGAACUAACAUCUACGCCGACUAAUCGGAUUAACAUCCACAGAGACUUUACUCAGGAUCGGCGAUGUGACUUUUACGAACGAGAUUGGACACAUCACUGUUUUCACGGGCAAAAUGAGCCCAAACCAUCACAGAAUUGGUGGUCGACUCCCCAACCUUGGAGUACAGGUGGACAAAAAGAGUACCCUUUAAUUCCAAAAGAUUUCCGACCUUGGAACACAAACAGGCCAAGAGAUUAUCCGUUAAUUCCAAAAGAGCCACGACCGAGACCUAUUGCUCCGCAGCCAGUACCUUAUGGAGGAUCUUUCAAUGAAAACACUCAGCUUACCAUUGACAUCAGACCAAUCGACUAUGGAAGGCGACCAGUUCCAGAAUCGGAUUCAAACCACGAUCAUUCGUGGUUCCGACCUGGUUCAAAUGAAGAUAGACCUUUGCCAGUGCGUCCUAUAGAAGAUUACUAUCCUCCUUACGAUAACAAAAGACCUGAACGACCAACAGGAAAUGAUUUCUACAAUUAUAAUCAUAAAAGUCGCGAGCACGAAAGACCUUAUUUACCUACGAGGCCUGGAGAUUUUGGUGGAUACAAUGGAAACGGAUAUUCUUAUGGCCAUCCCGGAUCAAAUAGAUGGUUAGGAUCCCAUAUUCCGAAGUAUCCUCAAAGAAAAUAUGGAUAUGAAUAUGGACCUGAUCCAGAAACAAAUGAAAUAGCUCCGUACAAUCCAGAACGUAGAAAACCAUCAAAACCAGGAUAUUGGGAUUCAUAUGGUCCUUCAUAUGCUGACGGAUAUCGCGAUCAUUAUGCUGGAGACUAUAAACCCCUAAUUCCACUAGACCGAGAACACAUACCUCCCCCUCCGCCUCUUCAUCCUCCUCCAGCUAAUAAAGACCGUGACUAUUCUGGAUUGUACAAUAAUUACGGAGGAGCUUACGGGUACUCAAAUAAUCCAAUUUUGCCACCGAAAAAUUCACCACCUCAUUCACGACAAUGCUCCGUUAGGUCUGCUGGUGGUUUCAGGCUGGCACGAGGUAUUAUACGAAAAAGUUAUCUCACUCCAAAUUUAGAGCAGUGCCAAAGUUUAUGCGAUGAACAGCAAGAUUUUUCUUGCCUUUCAUUUGCUUACAGGUAUAAUUUAGCGGCCACUUCACCAUCCGAUAAUUGUCUUUUAAGUGACAUAGUCUUUGAGAAUCUUGUAUUUUACACCGACCUUGAGCCCGAUCGUGAUUAUGAUAUCUAUGCAAUGACAAAAAACUCUAAGUUCUGCCAAGCUUAUACAAGACCAUCAAAUCCUAGACGUCCCCAUUCACCAGAUGAAUGUUUUUGGCGCGUUAGAAGUGGUUUUAGUAUGCCGCCUCCAGUAAUAAAAAAACCAAUGCGCGUCGACGGUAUGGGUGAAUGUCAAGUUCAUUGCGUUGGAUCACGAGACUUUACAUGUCGGAGUUUUGUCUUUAGGUACGAAACUCAUUUACCCAUUGGACAACCAAAUUGUUUCUUGAGCGAUUGGCCAGCAGUUGAAAUCAAACAAGAAACGAUGCAAGAUAUGAACGGCGCUGAAUUGUACGAAAGAGGUAGUUUUGGACGUGGUUGUGAGCCUCAUUAUCCAGUAGCGCAUCCAGAUCCUGUUGGACAUCGUCCAGUUGAUCGUAAACCUCUGCGUCCGGACGAUGCUUUCUGUUAUACUGGGUUCGAAAGGCCGUGCAAAUUAACUCCGUAUGCAAUAAUAUUAACACUGAAAGUCGGAUCUGAAGCUGAGUGUCGUCGAAAAUGUUCAAGUAUGAGACAUCGAGAUCCAUCGCCAUGCAUGUCUUAUAAUUACAGAAUUGAUAACAACCCUCAAGGUGACAAUUGUUACCUCAGUGAUGUAUCUUCACGAGAUCUACGUCCCGGUUUGGACUAUAAUCACGACGACGAUUAUAUACUUUACGUUUGGAAAGAAUUGGAAUCGAGGUGCUCAGCAGACGAUAGCUAUGACGAUAAGCAACCGAGCUACUAUCCACUUCCUAAUCCAUCGAGACCAAAUAUUUAUCAUCCAUCAUCAAAUAUACCGUAUGCAAAGCCAGAUGAUCCUUAUUACUACGAUACAGCUAUUCCAGAUUCAGUAAAACCAGGAGUUACUGCAUUGGGGCCAGCUUAUGACAUUGGUGGGCAUCCAGAAAUUCACAACAACGUUCAUGAAAAAUUUUUUUUCUCAACACGUCCUGAUGAGUCAUCGGUUUUCCGUCAUUAUACUGUCAAUGGUUACCCGUGCAAAAGAGGAACAAAGUGUGAAAGAAAUAGAUUGGCAGGAUUUUGGACUUGUGAACCGGAAGGCUCUGAGCCGGGUGCUUGGGAUUACUGUUGUGAUCCUGGUCAUCAGUGCGGAUUUUCACAAGGUUACAAUUAUCCAUGGUGUUACGUAGGACCUUCCGUAGACCAAUGGAGACCUUGCAGUGAAAGAUACUACCCGUAUCAAUUUAAUCCUCGGCCGUUGAGGCCACCGAUAAUCAAUCGACCUCUACGACCUAGAAUUGAUGACUGUGAUUAUCAGUGCAGACACUGGCCUAUAACUUUUCUACACGGUGAAUCUCCGCCUAAUGGUACUGAACCUAUUCCAUUAUCUGUCGAUGCUUCCGAUCGGAGUUCAAAUGAAUCCAAUGACAAACCCAAUGAAGUAUACGGAGGAUUAAAAAAUUCAAGCAGGUAUAGGCUUCAUACCAAAAGACGGGAAAUAGAGCCUGUCUUUUCAUCUUCAACAAUAUUUUUAUCAACUUCAACUUCUUCUUUGCCAUCUUCGUCGCCAUCGUCUUCAUCGCUACCAUCUACGACACCAUCUUCAGCAUCUACAUCUAUUUCGUCUUCUACUUCAAUUUCUUCAUCUUCAGGUCCUACAAUAAAUAAGCGUAAAAGAAAUAAAAUAAAUCUUGUACCGAUUAGAAUAAUUAGAAAUAAGUCUAAUAGCACUGGAAAAUAUGUCAUAAGAAGACUAAGACCGCGGUUAAAAGGAUUUUCUAAUCCUAAUACUUCGUUGGACUAUUCUACAAAAUUUUCACAAGAUGAAAAUACUGGGCAGUAUUAUAUUACGAAAAAAUUAAACGCAGAAUUGUCGACAGCAUCUAAUGGUACAAAACGCGCGCAAGCUACUGCUAAAAUUGAAAGAGCUAUAAUACGAGAUAACUCAAUUAAUGACAAUAAUAAAAUAACAGAAUUGCAACCUAUCACUGUCGCGUCAACCAAAUGGUCAAAUAAUUCUGAAGUCACUGCCCCGAGUGUAACAGUGAGAGUGAAAAAUGACACUAUUCAUUCAAAUGACACUACGCAAUAGACAACUUUUUCAUCAGUAUAAUGUGUAAAAAAGUUAUUAAUUAUUGGAUGAAUAUUUCAAAUGUUAGCAUGAAGAAUUUGCAUUAACUAAUUAAGAUUUUUUUAAUAAAUUAUAUUAAUUGUAAUUAAUUAUAGAAAGAAUAGUUGUUAUAUAUUCAUGUAGUAGAAUUAAUUUCCAAUCAGUUCAUUCUCGCUAUGAAUGUCGUUUGA